AUGGAGGUGCCGCCGGUUUGGACAGCCGCCCGGGUCCAGGAGGAUUUCAUCAACUACUUCGAGUCCAAGUCGCAGUCGCAGUCGCACACGCCAUGGCCGUCGAGCCUCGAGGUGCCCGUCUACGACCCCGCGAUCUUGUUCGCCAACGCCGGGAUGAACCAGUUCAAGCCGGUAUUAAUCCUCGGCACCGCCUCCCCCGAUUCGCAGCUUGGCCGCCUGCGCCGCGCCUGCAACACCCAGAAGCGCAUCCGCGCCGAAGCACAACGACCUCGACGACAUGGGGAAGGAGGAGGCCGCCGUCGGGUUAUGGAUCGGUAA